UUAAUCUCGGAAAACCUCAAAGCCAAGAGGCCUUGUGCAGCUGCAGAUAGCAAAGCCAGUAGGAUUGCCACAGGGCCCUCUUUCUUGCAAGCUGAAGAAAAGUAUGCAAAUCAAAGGGACAAACAAGUUUCCUCACACGGAAAUGCUUGUCGGCAGGAAGCAGCAAAUUUUGAGCGGCUGCGGGCUCUGGCAGACCAGCAAGGCUCUGCAAAGUAUGCAGAACCCAUGGGGCCACCUCCCAGAGCCUGUGGCUUUUGAGUCGUCCGGGGACUUGGGCUGGGAUUCACCCCUGUGUUUCCUGCUGAGGACUUGACCAUGGCAGACCCUGAACCUGCUGAUCUCAAUAGCCAAGUGAAAGGGACUGAAAACAAGAAACGCUUCAGUGAGAUUUUCCGGAGUCUGGAUGCCAUAGAAAUUUCAAUUGGAAAUUCGGCAGUUGAUAUGUUCAUUGAUGAUGUUAAUGACAAUGAUAGUGGAAUCUCAAACCUGCAGACGGAAAAACUACAGGCAGAUGAAGCUUUCUAUAAAUGUGAAGGAAGUUCGGAAGCAGGAGAACCAGGGAACAUGUCAGCUGAAGAGGCCGACGAGAUGCUGAUCAAGUGCACUGGUGGCGUGGAAGCAGCCCUAGGCUAUGCCAAGAUGUGGUGCAAAUACGUCAAGGAACUCUUGACCUGGGUUGACAAACGCCUGAAUUACGAAACUGAGUUUGCAAAGAACAUCCUGAAGAUCGCUGAUGCUGGCAGGAGUGCCAUUUUCCCACAGACUUGUAUGCCCUUACAGAAUCUGUACACCAUGACCAUGGAGCAUGACAUCAGGGCAGGGAACUUGGCCAUAGAGACGGCUGGGAUUUUGCAAAUGAAGGAAUACUAUCAGCCUCUUUGGGCGAAGAGGAAUGAAAUUGAGAAAUGGCGGAAGGAAUUCAAAGAUCAGUGGCAGAAGGAGCAGAAAAGGAUGAAUGAUUCCAGGUCCUCGAUGCAGAAGGCACGGCUCCACUACCUCCAGCGCUGCGAGGAUCUGGAGAAAGCUAAAGUGCUAAGUGCCAGAGCAGAAGAAGAAUGGCAGGCCACUGCAGGCAGCGGCAACAAGCAACUGGAGAAGCGGCGUCGAUGUCGUGAUGAGCUGCAGUCAAAGGUUCAGGAACUGGAAGUUGUCUAUCGAAGCUGUGUCUAUGAUGCUAACAUCCACCGGCAGGAACUGGAGAAAGUCAGGGAGAGAAUCAUCUCCCACAUUCGCAAACUUGUGUACCAAGGAGAUGAGGUGCUGAGGCGGGUCACCUUGAGGAUGUUCAUGUUCCAGAAAGCCCAGGCAGAGCGAAUCCCUGCAGGAUACCAGAACCUGACUGAGAUCUGCAAGCCCUACAAGGUUGGGGCAAAGUACCUGGAGUUCAUUCAGAACCUGCAGAAAAACGAGCUUCCGGUGGAGGUGUACAAAUUUGAGGAGUUUAUAUCCUCAGGGCAGAGGUCACCCCCCACCAAUGCGAGAAGAAAGAAUGCUUCACACAAUACUCGUAUCUCAUCAUCUGCAGCUGACCUCAGCAGCUCCUCAGAAGAUGCCUCUGGAAAGCCAUCGUCCUCAAGCAGUGAGCAAAGUGGCAGCAAAUCCUCCCACAGUGACACGGAGAGUCUGGGAGGGAGUACUGAGGGCCAGUCCUUAGAGUCACCUGCCUCCAGCCCAGGCCACAAGAAGUUGUUGAAAGCUCCAUCCACAGGCACUGUGUCCUCCUCUGAGGACUGUGAAGGCAAAGAUUUAAUGCAAGCCUAUGACCAUGAUCUCACUGAUGCUGCCUCUGAAAAUGGCUUGUCCCAUUACCACUUUAAGAACAUCAACCUGUCCAGCGCUGCUCAGAGCCACCAUCUGCGGAAGCUGAGGGGCCCUUCAAAAUGCAGAGAAUGUGAGAACGUGGUGGUCAAAGGCGUAGAAUGUGAAGAGUGCUGCCUGACCUGUCACAAGAAAUGCCUGGAGAGCCUCCUCAUCAGCUGUGGUCACCAGAAACUGCCGGCACGGGCAUCGCUCUUUGGCAUCGACUUCCUUCAAGUGUCACGGGAUUUCCCAGAAGAAGUGCCAUUCAUUGUGGCAAAGUGUACCUCGGAAAUAGAAAGGCGUGCCCUGGGAGUGCAGGGCAUUUACCGCAUCAGUGGAGCCAAAUCACGGGUGGAGAGGCUGUGUCAGGCCUUUGAGAGUGGCUGGAGGCUGGUGGAGCUCUCGGAUCAUUCACCUCAUGACAUCACUGGAGUCCUUAAACAUUUCCUUAAGGAGCUUUCCAGUCCUGUGCUCCCGUACGAGCUGUAUGAUGAUUUCAUGGCUCUCUCCAGGAGCGUGCAGAGAAUGGAAUACAGAACAGGGGCUGAUGCCAAGACCUUGGCAGAUCCCAUCAAGAGUACAAAGGAUUUACUGCGCAAACUGCUACCAACAAAUUAUAACACAUUACGGCACCUCAUUGCUCACCUCUACAGAGUGGCUGAGAGAUAUGAGGAUAACAAGAUGUCUCCCAACAACCUGGGGAUCAUAUUUGGGCCCACACUAAUCCACCCUCCCUUGAGCAAUGAAGUUUCCAUGUCGUGCCUCGUGGACUCAGGGUACCAGUCCCAGCUGAUUGAGUUUCUCAUCCUCAACUACGAAAGGAUUUUUGGGAUGGAUGACCUGCCUCCAUCUGUGCUUUGUGAACGUGAAAACUCUUUGAAAGAAGCAAUUACCAAUGAAGCUCUUUCAAGCAGCGAAAGAGAUGUUGAUGCACCUUCUGAGAAGUCCUCCUCUAAGCCGUAUCUGGAUGAAGACAAUAGCACUGCUGUGGAUCCUGCCAGGCAGAAGCAGUGUAUGGAGCAAACCCACUUUCCUGAAAGUGGGGAAACUAUAGAGUUGAACAGCAGUGAUGGCACCAAACAGAAUGACGCUAUACUUGACCCUGAAGCUGCCAAUGUCAGCCCACAGACCAGGGGGCGCUUCAGCCGGAUGCCUGUGAAGCACCCUCGCACUGUCACCCCCAUAGUGUCCAGUCUGCCCCUGCUGGCUGCUACCAUGGCUGGCUCAGAGGCAGGAAGCCGUCUCCUGGAGCAAGGUACAAACAGCCGCAGCAACUCACCAGACACUCGAGGGCAGCGCAAGCACUUUGAGAUCACUCCGGAGACUGCCAGGAUUGUCUCCAAGUUCCAGACUCAGAAUGGGAGCCAAGACUGCUGUCCUGCAGUGCUGGAAAACCCACUGGAGGGAGAGCCUGUGGAUGCAUUGGGAGGAAGCAGGACUGAAUCUUGAGCCUUAAAUGUUUUUGUUUUAAUUUUUUAGGAAGCAAACCAGACAAAGGGCUUGAAUUCUAGUUCCAGGAACAAUUUGGAAUAACUAGACCCUAACUUUGCAAAAGCAGGAAAAACUGCUGUUCACCUAAGAGUACACUUGAGAACUGGGGAAGAAACAGCCCUGGGUGUAUCUCACAGAAACCUAGGAGGGAUGAUGCCCCCUCCAGAUUUAACUGUUGCAUUUCUUGCUUUGCAAUGCCUUUGCAAUGGAGGCGAGGAGCCAGUGUGGAGCUGCUGGGUUGCUGUAAGCUACAAAGCCAUUGGUGCAGUCUCUUGAAAUGGGGCUGGUGCUGAAGGGCGACUUCCAGGGGGCAGCCAGGAGCAUUUGGUGGGAAGAAGAGUCAAGGGCAGAGCCUAAGGCAUAGCAGGAUGUUGCUUGAGGUCCCAGGGGAGUCGUUUGUCAGCAUGGGGUGGCUGUUUUUCCAGGGGUCGUGUUGGGGAUAAAACACAUUUGGGGUGUUUGGGGGCAGGGCAUGACUGUUCAAGUAAAAUCCAGGGUGGUUCAGGGGUGGUUUUUCCACCUGGGCUGGGUAUGGUUUGAAAAGGUGAUGACAUUACACUGAGACUACAUGAUGGGGGGGCUCAACCAGACCAGACUGCCACAUGCAGGGCUAUAUUCGGCAGGUUUAAAGAUACCAAAAUAUUGAGAAAGGUGAGUUCCGUGACCUAUAUAAAUUUUGCAAAUUAA